AUGGUUGUCGUGGAGCUUGACAACCUGAGGCUUUCCGGUGAUCUGAUCAAAAUUAGUCAGAUGUUGACUCAGUUGUCCAGCCCCUCCUCAUAUUCUUAUGAAAAUGAUUUUCUAAAGGAUACAGAGAGGAAAUUUCUUAUUGAUAUUAAGAAUUGCAUUGAUGCUACUACUUGCAUUACUUAUGGAACUAUUAAAUCCAUCGAAAGUAAGUAUAACUGGUGGUACAGGUCCUGUAAGAAAUGUCCAUAUUCUGUGUGUGAAGAUUUUGAGAAAUGGUUCAGUGUUCAAGUCAGAGUUGUGGAUAACAUUGAUUCUGCUUCUUUCGUACUGUUGGAUAGAGACUGUCUUGCUUUAUUAGGAGUGAGUGCUGCUGAAUUGCGCGAGCAACAUUUUAAGCGGGGUGCGAAUUUGGAGCAUUAUCCGGAAGAGUUGAACGUUCUGAAAGAUAAAUCUAUGUUGUUUAAAUUUGAUUCUUCGGUUGAUGGUUGGAAUAUUGUUGAUUCUUUUUUGCAUCUUCUAUCAAUGGCUGAAACGUCAGCCCCAAAAUGUGUAAGAAUAGAUAAAGAGAGAAAUGAAUCCCUCACAAAUCUUCCAUCCGACGUGCAACUGGAGAUUUUGGGAAAGGUGGCGUCGAAUUCUAUCGAGGACCUCUGCAACGUUAAGGAAACUUGCAAUGAUUUUAGAAAUCUUGCAGAAAAUGAUGUGUAUAAACAAUCUUCAUUGGAGAAGUUUGCAUGUUCCACAAUUGACUCGAUUUCCAAACAGAAGCCAUUUCGUCAUGCUGUAGACAACGAAUGUGGCAGUGAACAUGAGGAUUAG